UGCCAGCCUAAAAAGUCAAAGUUCGUCCACUUUGUAUAGGCGGGGACGAGGAGGGUUCUCAGGGGUCAAGCAGGAGCCACCGCCCACCCGGCGAGGUCCACAAAGAAGGCCAUGAGUGAUACGAGCGCACCCCGGUGAAAUAUAAGUCAGCAAGCGAUUUCCUUGACGACACCGAGUGUUUGGAUCCUCGGCCCGGAUUCAACGCCAACAAAUGACGCGUCCACAAACAUCGUCGCCGCCGUCGUCGUCACCACCAUCCAGUGUGUAUGCGAGACAUGUCAAUCACACUCUCACAAGCGCCCCGUCUUCAGUACGGGCGGAAGUUAGCUAAAACACCCAACAAAAAUGCCCUUGAAUUCGCUAGCAGCGGUUUGGGCGGGAGUUGGCGGCUCAGGCUCAUCCGGGAAACACCACCCGUCUCUGGUGCUCAGGUGAAGCACCGCCGAAGUGUGGAGGUCGAAGGGCGGGCGACACAUGACGACGUAGGGAGGAGGCGGCGGCGCCGAAGUGGGUCCGCCAUCGUUAAGUUGUCAAUCCGUUUCGGUGAAAAGUCGCCUCUUACCGGACGGAGAUCAGCGGAGCUUCUGUCCUGCUGCAGCUUUGUGACUUCUCUCAGAGACUGGCAUCAACACACCCGUGGACACACCCCUCCGACUACCAGGUGCAGAACUUCCGAUACCCUGCUUACUUCUCCCAACUUGACAGAAUUGGUCAACGGAAGCAGAAGGUCACCCUCUACUGAGUAUAAGAGGGCAGAAGGAGGGAAGAUCAAGAAAAAGGAGGCGGAGUGUCCGCAGCACUGCAGGAGAGCGAGCAUAGAGCGACAGAGAACAGCACAGGCGAAGACGACGACACGGCAGCUGAAAAGCAGACCGGAACGAGCAGCGGAGGAGGAGCUAAAAGAGCGACCCGACCGACACUCAAGCUUCAUUGAAAAAUAAAGAGUCAAACCUGUGCUGAAAAGCGAUGUCCUUCCUGGGUGGUUCACGUAACCAACACGAUGACCGCAAGAGUCGUUCACAAAUAUAUUUGAAAAAGUAAUGUAUUUCAGUAGUUAAGAUUCCAUAAGUUCCCCCGGAUGACAGAGCUUCUUACCCUAUCAUUAAGGGAGAGCCCCGCCACCCGGCGGAGGAAGCUCAUUUCUGCAGCAUGUACCCGUGAUCUUGUCCUUUUGGUCAUAAUCCUUGUCCUUUUGGUCAUAAUCCUAAACUCAUGACCAUAGGUGAGGAUCGGAAUGUAGAUCGACUGGUAAAUUGAGAGCUUUGCCUUCCGGCUCAGUUCCUUCUUCACCGCAACGGAUCGAUACAGCGUCCACAUUACUGAAGACGUCGCACCGAUCCACCUGUCGAUCUCACCAUCCACUCUUCCCUCACUAGUUAACAAGACUCCAAGGAACUUGAACUCCUCCACUUGGGGCAAGAUCUCCUCCCCAACCCGGAGAUGGCACUCUACCCUUUUCCGGGCAAGAACCAAGGACUCGGCCUGGACUACAGACAUAAAUAAAUAUUUCAAGAAUAAAUUGUUUUAUUUUUUAACAAUGUAUAUGAUUAUAUCUUACAGUUAAUGAACAUCCCGCAUUCAUAUUAUAACAGUGGGGGAAGUGAAAUUGUUCAAAAAUAUAGAAUAGCUGGUUUGAAAAGUAAAAACUUCCUGAACCUUUAAUUGAUUUCUUGGUGGGAAUUAAACUCCUGAAAUGAAUUGUGUUUAAUAUUAAAAUUUAUUGAAAUGCACAUGACCCCCCGUAAUAAUGUUCACAUUGUUGUUACUCAGCCAGCGUUUGUGGGUCUGAUUGACCCGUUGCAUUUUGUGGCUUUUAAUGCCUCACAAUAAAGACCUACCUACCUACCAAUCAAACACUUUUAUCUUAAAAUACUGAACAAAUGUUUACCUUAUCCCAAUAAACAUCUGUUCGUUCCAGACCACAGCAAACAUUACCUAGCUUGCCAAAGAUUGUAAUAAAUCUAUUAAAAGAAAACAGCCUGCCAAUUCCUUUAACUGGGGACGGCGUGGGGAUUUUGGGAGUGGCCGUGCCAGCAAUCUGAGGGUUUCUGGUUCAAUCCCCACCUUCUACCAUCCAAGUCAUGUCCGUUGUGUCCUUGAGCAAGACACUUCACCCUUGCUCCUGAUGGGCCCUGGUUAGCGCCUUGCAUGGCAGCUCCCACCAUCAGUGUGUGAAUGUGUGUGUGAAUGGGUGAAAGUGGAAAUACUGUCAAAGCGCUUUGGGCUCCUUAAAAAGGGGUAGAAAAGCGCUAUACAAGUACAACCAUUUACCAUUUGACUUGGACACACACACCUAUACCUUUGGCCAAUCUGAGCAACUCAUUUCCAGGAGUUAUCUCACCUUCUGAGUAGUCACUGAUUUACUAAUGGUUUCUAAUGUUGUAAAAAAAAAAGUGUAAAAUAAAUAUAUAAAAUUUCAACAUCUCUGUCAACGAAGAUUUGCUUCGGCCUGCGACACAGUCAUUUUUAUAAUAAGCUAUUAUAGGUAAUAUAGACACUUGCCUUCACUAUAAGACUUACACUAUACACAGAUUUUCAUUUUUUUGCAGCUCCAGACAGAUUUGUUUUUUGUAUUUUUGGUCCUAUGUGGGGCAGCACGGGGGAAGUGGGGUUAGUGGACAAAGGUCCUGAGUAGUCCUGGGUUCAAUCCCGGGCUCGGGAUCUUUCUGUGUGGAGUUUGCAUGUUCUCCCCGUGACUGCGUGGGUUCCCUGCAGGUACUCCGGCUCCCUGCAUCCUCCAAAGACAUGCACCUGGGGAUAGGUUGAUUGGCAACACUAAAUGGUCCCUAGUGUGUGAAUGUUGUCUGUCUAUCUGUGUUGGCCCUGUGAUGAGGUAGCGACUUGUCUAGGGUGUACCCCGCCUUCCGCCCAAUUGUAGCUGAGAUAGGCACCAGCGACCCCCGCGGCCCCAAAGGGAAUAAGCGGUUGAAAAUGGAUGGAUGGAUAGUAACUAAUUACAUGACCAUAGUAACUAAUUGUCAUGGUCUUAAUAGGGGACAUGAAUGAGAAAAUAGGAGGAAAUAACAAUGGCUAUGAUCUGAUAAUGGGAACGCAAGGGCUUGGAACAAUGAAUGUAAACGGUGAAAGGUUUGCUACAGUAUGUGCAAACAACAGCUUGGUUAUUGAAGGUUCCAUUUUCCCACACAAGGACAUCCACAAAGCAACAUUGGUUUCUGCCAACCACACAACUGAAAACCAGAUUGAUCACAUCUGCAUUAGCCGGAAAUUCAGGCGCUCACUGCUUUAUGUCAGAGCGAGAAGAGGAGCUGACGCUGCAUCUGACCACCACCAAGUCACAGCAAGGUUCCAGUUGAAAUUGAAUUGCAUUAAACAAGGAGGAGGGAGGAUCAAAUUCAACAUACAACAAUUCCAAUAUAUAGGCACCUUGGAACUAUACCAAGUCACAUUACACAACCGGUUUCAAGCACUACAGAACCAGACAACACAUAUGCACCAGGAACUGUAGAAGGGAUUUGGGAAGGUUUGAAGACUACAUGGAAGGAGACCUGUGCAGAAGUGGUAGGGAUAAAAGUCCACAAACAAACCUUGGCUAUCCACAGAAACCCACAAGAAAGUUAGUGAGAGAAGGUAAAAAAGGAGGUAGUUAACAGAUGCAGAACGAGAGCAAGAAAGGCAGCAGCACAAAGAGAAUAUGAAGUAGUACAAACAAGGAUGUGAAGAAGAGUGUCAGAAGGGACCAAAAGAAGUACAUCGAGGAUUUAGCACAGCAGGCAGAGGAAGCAGCAGGAAAGAAUAAUCUGAAAGAACUCUAUCUAACCACAAAGAUGCUCACCGGCAAAUUUAAACAAGCCCAAAUGCAUAUUAAAGACACAAAUGGUACACUCCUCACAACCAAAGAUCAACUCCAGAGAUGGACUGAUCACUUUCAAGACCUACUCAACAGAGAGCUCCCUCAACUGACUGCAGAUAUUCCACCAGCUCCAAUCAUGCUUGAAAUAAACUGCAACCCCCCUACCAAACUGGAAAUCAGGAAGGCCAUCAAAGCCGAGAGCAGGAAAGGCAGAAGGCCCAGAUGAGCUACCAGCAGAAGUUCUCAAAACAGAUAUCGAAACAUCCUCCAGCAUGCUUUACCAUCUUAUGCAACCUAUCUGGGAGGAAGAAAAUCCCAUCAGACUGGAGAGGCGACAACAUCAUAAAGAUUCCCAAGAAAGGAGACCUUGUCACAAUCCGCUACUCGGAUCGUUUAUUGUUUCGCCGUUUAUAUGUUGUUGAUCAUGUUUAGUUCUAGACUCGGCCGAUUUCUGUGUUUGUGCACUUCUUGUUGCAUAUUGUUUCCAUGGUUUCUUAUUUGUCCCAGCUGCUAUGCCUUUGUCGCACACCUGAUGGCAAUUAUUAUUUGUGCAUUUAGGCCCACCUGAUUCCUUAGUUCGUUCUCGGUCCAUUGUUUGCUUUAUGCAACACGCAACGUAUGUAUUCUUUGCUUAUCUCUGCUUUGUUUGUGUUAAGUCCCGUCUUAGCUUCUUGUGCGUUCGGCACAUCACCGUUUUGGACCUUUUUGUAUCCUGCUAAGUUUAGCGUUAGCUUCCGUGCGUAGCCACGCGCUUUAUUUUGUGAUUUUGUACCAGUGUUCUUUUGUUUUAUUAUAUUAAAAUCAAAUU